GAGGUGGCGAGAUGGUGCUGAGGAACAGCGGGCGGCGCCUAGCGGAGCCGCGCGCGGACGGCGAGGCCAGCAGGGACGAUGGCCCCCCCUCCUCUGUCUCGGCACUCAAGCGCCUGGAGCGCAGUCAGUGGACGGAUAGGAUGGAUGUGCGGUUCGGGUUUGAGCGGCUCAAGGAGCCGGGCGAGAGGACAGGCUGGCUCGUCAACAUGCAUCCUACUGAGGUUUUAGACGAAGAGAAGCGCUUAGUCAGUGCAGUGGAUUACUACUUUAUUCAAGAUGAUGGCAGCAGAUUUAAGGUGGCCUUGCCCUACAAGCCGUACUUCUACAUUGCGACCAGAAAGGGUUGUGAGCGAGAAGUUUCAUCUUUUCUCUCUAAGAAGUUUCAGGGUAAAAUCGCGAAAGUAGAGACUGUCCCCAAAGAGGAUCUGGACUUGCCAAAUCAUUUGGUGGGUCUGAAGCGGAAUUACAUUAAGCUGUCGUUCAACACCGUGGAGGACCUUGUCAGAGUGAGGAAGGAGAUCUCCCCUGCCGUGAAGAAGAACCGGGAGCAGAGCCACACCUGCGACACCUACACAGCCAUGCUCUCCAGUGUCCUGCAAGGCGGCAGUGUGAUCCUCGAUGAAGAGGAAGCCUCUAAGAAGACUGCCGACCAGCUGGACAACAUCGUGGACAUGCGGGAGUACGACGUGCCCUACCACAUCCGUCUCUCCAUCGACCUGAAGAUCCACGUGGCUCACUGGUACAAUGUCAGGUACCGAGGAAACGCCUUUCCAGUGGAGGUCACCCGCCGGGAUGACCUGGUCGAACGACCCGACCCUGUGGUGUUGGCAUUUGACAUUGAGACGACCAAGCUGCCCCUCAAGUUUCCUGAUGCUGAGACUGACCAAAUUAUGAUGAUUUCCUAUAUGAUCGAUGGUCAGGGCUACCUCAUCACCAACAGGGAGAUUGUUGCUGAGGACAUUGAUGAUUUUGAGUUCACCCCCAAGCCGGAAUACGAAGGGCCCUUUUGUGUCUUCAAUGAACCUGAUGAGGUUCAUCUAAUCCAAAGGUGGUUUGAACACGUCCAGGAGACCAAGCCCACCAUCAUGGUCACCUACAACGGGGACUUUUUUGACUGGCCCUUCGUGGAGGCCAGAGCAGCAGCCCACGGACUGAGCAUGUACGAGGAGAUCGGGUUCCAGAAGGACAGCCAGGGGGAGUACAAGGCGCCCCAGUGCAUCCACAUGGACUGUCUCAGGUGGGUGAAGAGGGACAGUUACCUUCCGGUGGGCAGCCACAACCUCAAGGCGGCUGCCAAAGCCAAGCUGGGCUACGACCCCGUGGAGCUGGACCCCGAGGAUAUGUGCCGGAUGGCCACGGAGCAGCCCCAGACGCUGGCCACGUACUCGGUGUCAGACGCAGUGGCCACAUACUAUCUGUACAUGAAGUAUGUGCACCCCUUCAUAUUCGCCCUGUGCACCAUCAUCCCCAUGGAGCCCGACGAGGUGCUGCGGAAGGGCUCCGGGACGCUGUGCGAGGCCUUGCUGAUGGUGCAGGCUUUCCACGCCAACAUCAUCUUCCCCAACAAGCAGGAGCAGGAGUUCAACAAGAUGACCAGUGACGGCCACGUGCUGGACUCCGAAACCUACGUGGGCGGCCACGUGGAAGCCCUGGAGUCCGGCGUGUUCCGCAGUGAUAUCCCCUGCCGGUUCAGGAUGAAUCCCGCCGCCUUUGACUUCCUGCUGCAGCGCGUGGAGAAGACCAUGCGUCACGCUAUCGAGGAAGAGGAGAAGGUGCCCAUGGAGCAGGUCACCAACUUCCAAGAGGUGUGUGAUCAGAUUAAGAACAAGCUCACCUCCCUGAAAGAUGUUCCUAACAGAAUCGAGUGUCCCCUUAUCUACCACCUGGAUGUGGGGGCCAUGUACCCAAACAUCAUCCUGACAAACCGCCUGCAGCCCUCUGCCAUGGUGGACGAAGCCACCUGUGCGGCCUGUGACUUCAACAAGCCCGGAGCAAACUGCCAGCGCAAGAUGGCCUGGCAGUGGAGGGGCGAAUUCAUGCCAGCCAGCCGCAGCGAGUACCAUCGCAUCCGGCACCAGCUGGAGUCGGAGAAGUUCCCUCCCUUGACCCCAGAGGGUCCAGCCCGGGCCUUUCAUGAGCUGUCCCGUGAGGAGCAGGCCAAAUACGAGAAGAGGAGGCUGGCAGAUUACUGCCGGAAGGCCUACAAGAAGAUCCACGUGACCAAGGUGGAGGAGCGCCUCACCACCAUCUGCCAGCGGGAGAACUCCUUCUACGUGGACACUGUGCGUGCCUUCCGCGACCGGCGCUACGAGUUCAAAGGUCUCCACAAGGUGUGGAAGAAGAAGCUGUGUGCGGCCGUGGAGGCAGGUGACGCAGCGGAGGUGAGGCGCUGCAGGAACAUGGAGGUGCUGUACGAGUCACUGCAGCUCGCACACAAAUGCAUUCUCAACUCCUUCUAUGGCUACGUCAUGCGCAAAGGGGCCCGCUGGUACUCCAUGGAGAUGGCCGGCAUUGUCUGCUUCACGGGGGCCAGCAUUAUCACGCAGGCGCGGGAGCUGAUCGAGCAGAUUGGGAGGCCCUUAGAGCUGGACACAGAUGGAAUAUGGUGCGUGCUGCCCAACAGCUUCCCUGAAAACUUUGUCAUCAAGACAUCCUGCAUGAAAAAGCCCAAGGUGACCAUCUCCUACCCUGGGGCCAUGUUAAACAUCAUGGUAAAGGAAGGCUUCACCAAUGAGCAGUACCAGGAGCUGGCCGAGCCCGCCUCACUCACCUAUGUCACCCGCUCAGAGAAUAGCAUCUUCUUCGAGGUCGACGGGCCCUACCUAGCCAUGAUUCUCCCAGCCUCCAAGGAGGAGGGCAAGAAACUGAAGAAGAGAUAUGCCGUGUUCAACGAGGAUGGUUCCCUGGCUGAGCUAAAGGGCUUCGAGGUGAAGCGCCGUGGGGAGCUGCAGCUGAUUAAGAUCUUCCAGUCCUCCGUGUUCGAGGCUUUCCUCAAAGGCAGUACGCUGGAGGAAGUGUACGACUCCGUCGCCAAGGUGGCCGACUACUGGCUGGACGUGCUGUACAGCAAGGCAGCUAACAUGCCUGACUCUGAGCUGUUCGAGUUGAUAUCUGAGAACCGUUCCAUGUCUCGGAGGCUGGAAGAUUAUGGGGAGCAGAAGUCGACAUCCAUCAGCACAGCCAAGCGCCUGGCUGAGUUCCUGGGCGACCAAAUGGUGAAGGAUGCGGGGCUGAGCUGCCGGUACAUCAUCUCCCGGAAGCCCGAGGGGUCUCCCGUCACAGAGAGGGCCAUCCCACUCGCCAUUUUCCAGGCAGAGCCCUCGGUGAGGAGGCACUUUCUCCGGAAAUGGCUGAAGAGCUCUUCCCUUCAAGACUUCGAUAUUCGGACGAUUCUGGACUGGGACUACUACAUCGAGAGGCUGGGCAGCGCCGUCCAGAAGAUCAUCACGAUUCCUGCGGCUCUGCAGCAGGUGAGGAACCCAGUGCCACGCGUCAAACACCCCGAGUGGCUGCACAGAAAGCUGCUGGAGAAGAAUGACAUCUACAAGCAGAAGAAGAUCAGCGAGCUCUUCAUCCUUGAGGGCAAGAGACAGGUGGGCCCGGCCCAGGCUCCCCAAGGUACCCCGAGCCUUGGAGCGCCAGACAUGGAGGACUUCGGCCGAGUGAAGCUACCCCACUUGGCAGUUCCCGUGGCGACUAAGAGGAAACGCGUCCUCUGGGAGAGCCAGGAGGAAUCGCAGGACCUGGAGCUGACGGUACCCUGGCAGGAGGUCCUGGGGCGGCCUCCGGCCCUCGGAACCACCCAGGAAGAGUGGCUGGUCUGGCUGCGGUUCCACAAGAAGAAGUGGCAGCUGCAGGCCCGACAGCGCCUCGCUCGAAGGAAGAGGCGGCGUCUAGAGGGAGCAGAGGGUGCACCGCAGCCUGGGGCCAUCCGAGAUGGACCCUCCGCAGGGCUGGGGGGCUUCCUGCGAAGAACCGCCCGCAGCAUUCUGGACCUUCCAUGGCAGAUUGUGCAGAUCAGCGAGACUACCCAAGCCGGCGUGUUCAGGCUGUGGGCUGUCAUCGGCAGCGACUUACACUGCAUCAAGCUGCAUGUCCCCCGUGUGUUCUACGUGAACCAACGGGUGCCCAAAGCGGAGGAGGGGCCUUCGUCUCGCAAGGUGAAUCGAGUCCUUCCUCGCUCCCACACGGUCUAUAACCUGUACGAGUACUCAGUGCCAGAGGACAUGUACCAGGGACACAUCAAUGAGAUCAGCACGGAGUUGUCGGCCCCCGACAUCGAGGGCGUGUACGAGACGCAGGUCCCGCUGCUGUUCCGGGCCCUGGUGCAGCUGGGCUGUGUGUGUGUGGUCAGCAAGCAGCUGCGCAGGCACCUGUCAGGCUGGGAGACAGACGCCUUCACUCUCGAGCAUCUGGAGAUGCGCUCGCUGGCCCAGUUCAGCUACCUGGAGCCAGGGAGCAUCCGCCACAUCUACCUGUAUCAUCGCACACAAGGCCACAAGGCGCUGUUCGGCAUCUUCGUGCCCUCGCAGCGCAGGGCGUCCGUGUUUGUGUUGGACACCGUGCGAAGCAACCAGAUGCCCAACCUGAGCGCCCUGUACACAGCCGAGCACGGUCUCCUGCUGGACAAAGUGGGCCCCGAGCUCCUGCCUCCCCCAAAACACACCUUUGAGGUUCGGGCUGAAACCGACUUGAAGACCCUCUGCAGGGCCAUCCAGCGCCUCCUGCUGGUCUACAAGGAGGAGCGCCGAGGGCCUACCCUCAUCGCCGUGCAGUCCAGCUGGGAGCUGAGGAGGCUGGCCAGCGAGGUGCCUGUCCUGGAGGAGUUCCCGCUAGUGCCCAUCCGCGUGGCCGACCACAUCAGCUACAGCGUCCUGGACUGGCAGCGCCACGGAGCCCGCCACAUGCUCCGUCACUACCUCAACCUGGACACCUGCCUGUCGCAGGCCUUCGAGAUGAGCCGGUACUUCCACGUCCCCGUUGGGAACCUGCCCGAGGACAUCUCCACCUUCGGCUCCGACCUCUUCUUUGCCCGCCACCUGCAGUGCCACAACCACCUGCUCUGGCUGUCCCCUACGCCCCGCCCAGACCUGGGCGGGAAGGAGGCAGACGACAACCGGCUCGUCAUGGAGUUCGAUGACCAAGCCACUGUGGAGAUCAACAGUCCAGGCUGUCACUCAACGGUGUGCGUGGAGCUGGACAUUCAGAACCUGGCCGUCAACACCAUCCUGCAGUCUCACCACGUCAACGACAUGGAGGGGGCCGACAGCAUGGGCAUCAGCUUUGACGUGACCCAGCAGGCAUCCCUGGAGGACAUGAUCACUGGCAAUCAGGCGGCCAGCACCCCGGCCAGCUACGACGAGACGGCCCUCUGCUCCAGCACCUUCAGGAUCCUGAAGAGCAUGGUGGUGGGCUGGGUGAAGGAGAUCACGCAGUACGGCAACGUCUACGCCGACAACCAGGUGGUGCACUUCUACCGCUGGCUGCGCUCGCCAUCCUCGCUGCUGCACGACCCCGCCCUGCACCGCACGUUGCACGGCUGGAUGAAGAAGCUCUUCCUGCAGCUCAUCGCCGAGUUUAAGCGCCUGGGGUCGUCGGUCGUCUACGCCAACUUCAACCGCAUUGUCCUGUGCACGAGGAAGCGGCGGGUGGAGGACGCCUUGGCCUACGUGGAGUACAUCACCAGCAGUAUCCAUUCUAAAGAGAUCUUCCAUUCCUUGACGAUUUCUUUCUCACGAUGCUGGGAGUUCCUUCUCUGGAUGGAUCCGUCUAACUAUGGUGGAAUCAAAGGGAAAGUGCCAUCGGGCAUCCACUGUGGACAGCGGGACUCUCCAAAGGAGGGCAGCACGCAGGGGGACGAAGACGACGAGGACGACGAGGACGAGGACGAGGACGGCGGUCAGGAGCCAGACGUGGAGGACUUGCUGGAGAACAACUGGAACCUCGUGCAGUUCCUGCCACAGGCAGCCUCCUGCCAGACCUACUUCCUCAUGGUUGUGUCAGCAUACAUCGUGGCCGUGCACCACAGCGUGCAGGAGGAGCUGAGACGCAGCGCCCCGGGGAACACCCCCGUGAAGAGACGGGGGGCCAGCCAGCCAUCACAGGAGGUCCAGGGCGCAGCCGCAGCCCUUCCUGGGGUGAUCACCUUCUCUCAGGACUAUGUGGCAAACGAGCUCACUCAGAACUUCUUCACCAUCACACAGAAGAUUCAGAAGAAAGUCACGGGGUCCAGGAACGUGGCUGAGCUCUCAGAGAUGUUUCCUGUCCUGCCCGGCUCUCACUUGCUGCUCAAUAACCCUGCACUGGAGUUCAUCAAGUGCGUGUGCAAGGUCCUGUCCCUGGACACAAACAUCACAAACCAGGUGAACAAGCUGAACCGGGACCUGCUCCGCCUGGUGGACGUCGGCGAGUUCUCGGCAGAGGCCCAGUUCCGAGACCCCUGCCGCUCCUACGUGCUCCCCGAGGUCAUCUGCCACAGCUGUCACUUCUGCCGGGACCUGGACCUGUGCAAAGACCCCUUUGUCUCCCAGGACGGAGCCAUGCCGCCCCGGUGGCUGUGCUCCAACUGUCAGGUCGCCUACGACUCGUCCGUCAUCGAGAUGGCGCUGGUGGCGGCCCUGCAGAAGAAGCUGAUGGCCUUCACGCUGCAGGACCUGGUCUGCCUGAAGUGCCGGGGUGUGAAGGAGACCCACAUGCCCACGUACUGCAGCUGUGCCGGGGGCUUCAGCCUCACCAUCCACACCAAGGUCUUCAUGGAGCAGAUCGGAAUCUUCCGGAACAUUGCCCAGCACUAUGGCAUGUCGUACCUCAUGGAGACCCUGGAGUGGCUGCUGGAGAAGAACCCCCAGCUGGGCCAUUAGUAAGCCAGGCGCUGUCCCCACCCUCUGCCCCAGCUCCCCAAACUCGCAGCCAUGUCCAGGACGGGGCCUCAAGGAGAACGACCCUCAGGGAGUUUUCGGGGAGCGGGUCACGGCCUACCCCAGCCAGAGCAGGAAGUGGCCCCACCUGCAGGUGCCCGGGCCCCGUGCUGGUCAGGGCAGCUGUGAGCCCAAGAGCGGCCCCGAGGGUCCAUUUCUUGCUGAAUACACUGAGUGUGGCCUCUGCUGCUGCACAGCCUUGCCCCUGCUGCCCUCCCCUCUGCACCCAGCUGCCCUGGGAGUCUUCUGUUCGAGCCGAGACCCUGAGGGUGACUGGAGGCCAGACCCAGGAUGCGGUGGCACCUGAGUGGGAGUCUGCAUUCCCGGCGUCCAGUCACUUGCAGCGUGUGGGCCAGUUCCGGAGCAUACAGACCUGAACCCGCAGGGACCUGGGCCUCUGGAGACCCCGGGGGAGCAGGGGCUCGGGGGUGUCCCCGUCAGGCCGGAUGGAGGACGCAGGAGGGUGUCAGGACAGGGCUGCUCAUAUGAGCAGGGCCCUGAGGGCCAUUUGUCACAGACUUGGCCAGUGCGUGUUAGUUAGCACUGGGAUUUUAGGGAAGAUUUGGGUUCUUCAGUGGAGGUAGGGAAGAAGAAGAGGGGGCACCGUUCUGUUCUUGCUGCUCAGCCUUGGGUGGGUCCAAAGCGUCUGACCCUGCAGGGACUGCCCUCCUGAUGGUCAGUGGCCCAACAGGGCACCCAAGCUCAGGGUUUUGUGUACGGGGUGCAGAGAGCCAAUGGUGCAUGGCCCCUUUGAAGUGGGACCACACCGCUUAUCAGCCUGGUCCACAGAGCUGGAGCCCAGGCUGGGGGUCAGCUUCCCAGUGCCCUGGAAGCCUUUGCUGAGCACCAGCUCCGUUCUACGUUCUGUCACGAGCCCCCAAACGGAAGAUCAACUCUGUGCCUCAUUUUUAAUGAAAUGCGAGUGGAAGCAGCCAAAGAAAAAUCAAGUUGGUGAGGCGGCCACCAAACUCAGCCUGGGGCCAUGGGGGCCUGGCUAAAGUGCGUCUUGUGAGCUCAUUGCUCUGUCACUCAGUGACAUUUUGAAUUCUCAUCUGCAUGUUACGUUUCUUAAAAUGCUCCUGUGUGUCUGUG